AUGUACAGCAGCAGAUCCCACCCCAUCCUCGCCCAGAUCCCCCUAACAGUCUCCCCCUUCAUCUCCCUCCCCACCGCCACCACCCUCCCCUACACCUACAAGCCUCUCCCCUCCACGCUCCCCCCCUCCUCAACCGCCGACCCCUCCGGCAGCGAGCGCGAAAAAUACGUCGUCUCGCCCUCCGGGCACGCCGCGUCCCCCGAGGAGAUCAUCGCCUCCUGCCAGGCAUUACAAGCGCACAUCCACAAAGCGCAGGAGGACGCCGAGCAGACGAUCCGAGAGUGGGAGAAGGGCUUGAAGGAGCAGGAGCUGGCCGAGAAGAGGAGGCUGGCGCCCGGAUGGUUGGAUAGGGAGGAGAAGAUCUUGGAGCCGGAGAGGGGGAGCGUUGUUGCUGGGGCAGCGACGCUGGGUGGUGCGCAAGGUGGUGCGCAAGUGCGGAGUGCCAAUCUUAUGGAUCGGCAGGAUGAGCGGCCGCGGGACGAGGGUCGGGGUACGGCAGGUGCAGAUCCUGCUGGGGACGAGCUGGAUAGAGCAUUCGGUGGCAUGGGUCUUCGCAAUGGUUGA